AUCCAGCUAUCUAUCAGUGCGGUCAACAGUUGGACCCACAAUGCAACGCAGAGAUCUCCGAGCGGACGCGUUAUACGGACCGAGAGAGAAAGAAAACAAAAGAGAAAAAAAGCGCUCCGUUCAUCGAAGAUUCCGUCCGGAUUACUCAGCCGAUUUCAUCAGAGUUGUAAAUCGAUGGAGGUGUCGCCGCGAGAUCCCCGAAUCUCGUCGGUCCUGGUCAUCGGGCGACGCUGUUGAUUCGACCUCGGGGACUCCGCGCAGGAAUACCGCUCGCCCAAAGGGGCCAGCAGCGCCGCCGGCAUGGGGCUAGAGGAGGAAGAGCGACUGCUGCUGCUGAACGCCAGUACCGCGGGGAGCACCAGCGUGCCCACCAACUACGGCACGGGAGGCGCCAUGGGAUUCCCGACGGACACAAUUGGAUCCAAGGCCACACGCAAAAGCGCUGAAAAAUUGCCGCAGUACAAGAAGGUUCCUUAUUGGAAACUGUUCCGCUAUGCCACGGCCCAAGACGUCUUCCUGGUGGUGCUGGGCGUUCUGUUUGCGGUCAUCCAUGGGGCAGGGUGGCCCCUGCUGGCCAUCGUCUUCGGUCACAUGACCAACGCCUUCAUCCACCAGAAGCAGGCGGGUUUCUCCGAGUGGACCGCCAACGGGACGGCACCGGCCGCGGCGCUGGACGACGCGGCGUCGCGCCAAGGACCAGGGUCCAUCUUCGACCCCGUCUCGGUCCUGGACUACAACGUGGACAUGAACAGAUUCGCGCUCACCUACGUCAUCAUUGCGGCCACCGUCUUCAUCGCCUCGUUCGUGCACGUGUGGUGCUUCAGCCGUGCUUGUGAUCGGCAGCUGUACCGGCUGCGUCAGGAGCUCUUCUACGCGCUUCUGCGGCAGGACGCAGCCUGGUUCGACAGACACCGGUCGGGAGAGGUCGCCAACCGUAUGACUGAGGACAUGGACCGCCUGCGUGAGGGCAUGGGGGACAAGGUGGGCCUGUUUGUGCACUACGUGUCCACCUUUGCCACGGGCUUUGCCACUGGCUUCGUGGAGAGCUGGGAGCUCACGCUGGUCAUCAUGUCCGUCACGCCACUGCUAGCCUUCGCCUCCGCCUUCCUCGGCAACAUGGUGUCCCAGUCUGCGGCCCAGGAGCAGGAGAAGUAUGCCCAGGCGGGGGGCGUGGCCCUGGAGGUGCUCAGCAAGGUGCGCACCGUGGCCGCUUUCUGCGCACAGUACGGUGAGCUGCGAAGGUACAUGGCAGCGCUGAACGACGGGCGGACCGCUUCGCGCCGCAAAUACACCGCCAUGGCAUUUGGGUUUGCCCUCACUUUCGUGGUGCUCUACGGUGCCUACGCUCUUGCGUUCUGGUACAGCUCGGUACUGGUGGCUGCAGCCAAACUGGAUGCCGGCCGGGCGUUUAUUGUGUUUUUUGCAGUCAUGGUGGGCUCCUUCUCCCUGGGCAACGCCCUGCCUCAGCUCGGCAGCAUCGCCGUGGCAAAAGCGGCUGCCAGGCGCACCUUUGACAUCAUCGACCGGAGGCCUGACAUUGACUCCUACACAGAGCUGGGAGUGCAGCUGAACCAGUUCAAGGCAGACCUGGCUUUCAAAGAUGUCAGCUUCUCCUAUCCAAGGACUCCGGGUCAUCUGGUGCUGCGCAACGUGAACCUGGAAGCGCUCGAGGGUCAGGUGGUGGCCGUGUGCGGCGCCAGCGGAUCGGGGAAGUCUGCUCUGCUGAACCUGGUGGUCCGCUUCUACGACCCCUGCAAUGGCGAGGUGACCCUGGACGGGGUGAACCUGCGGGCGCUGAAUGUGCGCUGGCUUCGGUCGACCGUGAGCCUGGUGAGCCAGCGGCCCACGCUGUUCGGGUACUCUAUCGCCGAGAACAUCCAGUUCGGACAGGAGGGCACCACCCUUGCCGAGGUGGUCGAGGCCGCCAAGCUCGUCGGCAUCCACGACUUCGUCGUCACACUGCCCAAGGGCUACGACACGGAGGUCGGGGAGCGUGGUUGCCAGCUGAGUGAAGGCCAGCGUCAGCGCUUGGCCCUGGCCAGGGCUCUCAUUAAGAAUCCAAGGGUGCUUCUGCUGGACGAAGCCACCUCCGGUCUGGACUCCGCAGCGGAGGCCCACCUGCUGCAUUCGCUGCGGAAGGGCUGUGCGAGGCGCACCACGAUUGUGGGCACCAACCAGCUGUCGAUCCUGCGGGAGGCGGACGUGGUAUAUGUGCUGGAUCGAGGCCACGUGGUGGAGCAGGGCACCCAUCAGGCCCUGGUGGCUGAGAAGGGAUUCUACUACCAGCUGGUGCUGGGACAGCUUUCCGAAUCCGAGGUGCAGGGAAAGGAGCCCGCCGUUGCCCUGCCUCAGUGUCCCAGGAAGGAGGAGACGGAGGAGCAGGAGUGCCAGCGGCAGCGGAUGAAGUCGGUGCUCCUCGAAGGCAUCUCCCCGCUGGACAGGGAGUGCAGUCGCCUGGCGGACGACUUCGUCAACGAGAAUGUGGAGCUGCCAUCGGCACGCAAGAUCCUGCGCACGGCGCGGCCAGACUGGGGCUGGUUCUUCCUGGUCUCCCUGGCGUCCAUUGUCGUGGGAGCCUCCCUGCCCGUCUUUGCCGUCUUCUACAGCGAGAUCUUCAACACCUUCACGCUGGUUGGCUCGGAGAUGCAAGACGCAGCCUUCUUUUGGUCCAUGAUGUUCCUAGCUCUCGCAGCCGUCAGUGGCCUCGGACACUUCUUCAGGACGCUGGGGGUGGGGAUCGCUGGAGAGAACCUGACGUAUCGCCUGCGGGUGUCGGUGCUGGCCAACAUCUUGCGACAGCACCUGGGCUGGUUCGACUCUGACGCCCACUCAUCUGCCAAGCUGGCCGCACGACUUGCCACCGACGUUCCCGUCAUCAAAACGGCAGCCGGCUACCGGCUGGCUGUGAUGUUCACGUCGCUGAUCACGCUGUCGACGAGCCUGGUGCUGGCGUUUGUCUUCGGCUGGAAGCUGGCCCUGGCCCUGGUGGCCAUCGUGCCCAUCCUGGCCCUGGCCGGAGGACUGCAGAUGCGCGUCGAGAGGGGGAGCCAACGCAGGGACGCGCACCUCAUGUCCCACGCCUUACAGGUGACCACAGAGAGCCUGGAGAACAUCCGUGCGGUCCAAGAGCUCAACCUGGAGCCCACCUUUUUCGGCCUGUUUGUGAGCCACCUGCUCCUGCCUUUCCUGGAAGCCAAGAAGCGGAACGUGCUGUUUGCCCUGUCCUUCGCUUUCUCCCAGGGCAUCAUGUUCCUAGUGUACGGCUGUGCCUUCCGCCUGGGUGCGUUCCUCGUCUCCAGGGGGGAGAUGGACGCCACCAACGUCUACAGGGUCUUCUUCACCAUGGCGUUCAGCGCGGUGUCGGUGGGGCAGUGGACGUCUAUGUUGCCAGACUACCUGAGGGCCAGGCUCUCGGCAGGGCUUGUCUUCAGCCUGCUCGAGGCCGAGACCGAGAUCGACGGGUACUCGGACGGCGGCGUCAGGCCAGAGGUGAAGGGCCGUGUCGUGCUGAAAGCGGUCCAGUUCUCGUACCCGAGCCGCCCGGAGCUGCCCGUACUCCAAGGCCUGGACCUGGAGCUGAAUCCCGGAGAGAUGCUGGCCUUGGUGGGGCCCACCGGAUGCGGCAAGUCAACUCUGGUAGACCUGCUCCUGCGCUUCUAUGAUCCCCAGAGUGGACAGGUGUCGCUGGACGGCCUGGACGUGCGGGCAGUGAACGUGGGCUACCUGCGGCAGCACGUGGUAGCCAGCAGCUCCCAGCUGGGGCUCCUGGAGCGCAGCAUUUGGGACAACAUCACAUACGGGCUAGACGUGGCCACUUCACCAGUCAGCUUCCAGCAGGUGGAGCAGGCCGCCAAGGUGGCCCAGGUCCACGACUUCGUCACCCAGCUGCCGCUGGGCUACGACACUCCGCUGGGCGGCACAGCCAUGACGCACCUCUCGGAAGGGCAGAAGCAGCGCAUAGCCCUGGCCCGGGCCCUGCUGCGCGAGCCUGCGGUCCUCAUCCUGGACGAGGCCACCACGGCGCUGGACGCUGAGCACGAGCAGUCCAUCCUGGAAGGGGUGAAAGAAAACCUCCGAGGCCGUUCCUGCAUCCUCGUGAGCCACAGGCUGUCGGCAAUCAAGACCGCUGACCGCAUUGCCGUCAUGGACCGGGGUGUCAUCGUCGAGCAGGGUUCCCACGCAGAGCUGAUCGAUGCAAACGGCACCUACUGCAGUCUCAUAGAGCGCAACAUCGUCACCGCCCGACUCUCCCGUCGUGACCCGUCUUCGCAACGAACGCCUCAGUCCUGACGACCGCCACCGCGCCACGCUUGAGAUCCCGAGGGACUGCAGCUAAACGUGGUAGCACCACGAUUGUAACAAGCACGGCAUUAGAUCUCCAGCGUUACGUUUGCGGUGUCACAUCCGUGUCGUUACAUCUGCGGCACUGCGUCUGCGACGUUACAUCCGCACCUGAAGAGACAGGAAUCUGUUGUCAAACAAUGGGAUUUUGACCUUGAAGUGUGUUUCAGACGUUGAACUGCUGCUGCGACGCAAAGAGUAAUUGAAGGGCAAGCUAGCGGGUGAUGGUUGAAUGCAAGAAACAGACACCGUGAUUGUGAAUUACUUUUCACUGACCUUGAUAUUGGCAUAAUGAGUGGUGUAUCAUAGCAAGACAGCAGUCGACAAAGCCGACAAUCAUAAUCUUCAUGUCAGCGGCUAAAAUUCAAACCAGCUGGUGCUUGGGUUUUUGUUUUUACUUUUCCCCCAAACACAAAUUACUUGUUUUUGAGACAAUUUUUAGGUGGUUUCGUCUCUAGAAGCUGCCUUUGUCAGCUCUUCUGAGUUCCACGGUAUGGGUGAGAUGACCGCAUUCGCUGCUGGCCGAUGAAGCACUUCCAAGAACUAAAGACUUUGAAUUUUGAUGACGGCCAUCUCAAUCGUGGGUGCGUAACACGAAAGGAGAAAGACGAGUCGCACCAAGCAUUGCUCCCGUUUGUGGCUAAAGCACCCUUACCAACGUGAUAACUCCACGUGAACACUGGACAGUGCUCGUACAACUGGCAUAGUCAACGAAAAAUGUGAAGGCGUCUCAAGUGACAGAGCCGCGUUUCAUGUUCAUAAGCGCCUAACCAUUAAAGACUCGUUAUGUUUCUUAUAAAGCUAAUUCAGUUUACUGCUUGUAUCAAUCAUUUUUAUAUCAUUGUAUCCUGCCUGUGGCAAAGAGACCUCAAACGUUUACAAACAUCUGUAGCAAGUUGGGCAAGAAACAAGCCCGAGUUCUGUUGUCACAGCUAGUAUACGGGCCAAGGAAAAAUCCUGUUAGGAUCUGACCAUCAUUGUCCUGACUUCAGAAAGUUCUAGAAAGCCAUUUUUUUUUAAUGACAUGCCACAAUGAGUUGUGUCAUGGUAUAGGGUAGCAAUUUCGUUUGUCGCACCUCCAGCACGAGCUUACUUCAGCGUCUUGCGAGCUUGAAGCGUGCACACGCUGCCAGAGCAUGGUUGAAGGCAACAAGCAUGUGCUGGAGGCGGGGCAUGGACGUCCUGCCGUCCCUGUCGAUCAAGCCAAAGAGCCUCCAAAGCGCCGGCCGCUUUCCACCAUUCUAGCAGAUAGAACCGUGAGCUUGAAGCAGGUGAAUGAGAGGCACCAGGGCUGAAUUACAGUAAACCAAGAACAGCUGUUAAGAGCGCCGUUAUACAGUGUUACAGUGUGAUAAGUCCUAAUCAGUAGCCAAAAAUAGAAUGAAGCAACUGGAUCAACCCCAGUAGCUGCACUGUUACGAAAUAUUGAAUCAACAAUACAGCUUCUUGCAACCUGCUGGAGUGUCCACGACCCUGGGUGUGUUCCACGGGUUUUUUUUGGGGGGGGGGCUUGAGACAGUGCAAAGGGAGGUGUGGCUGAGUGGCCCCCCCAGUGCCCGAGGAGCUGCCAUAUGUCUCUUUCAGAAAGCAGUGUGGCUCAAUAUGCAUGCAAAACGGCAUUAUACACGUAGAUCCACAAUCCACUUGUAAUAAAUCUUGCUUCUCAAGCAGCAAGAAGGCAACUUUAGCGGAGAAUUCCGAAGCACUCCCUUUAUCUUCUCAGUUUUUCAACCUCGAUGGAUGAAUCGCGCUCUCUUCAUCUGUUUAAGUUCUAAGUUGGACAGCCUUACCAGAUGAAAUGCGAGCACUUGGUGCAGCUGCUGUUUGUCUAGUCCCUCCCUAUGACUACCUUGUUCCAAAAUAUAGUAUGCAAGGCUGGGUUCAAAUCCCAUUAAUUGCUCAAAAUGAAAAAAGGAUGAGGGAAAGCUUUCGGGGAUCCUAGUUCAUAAGUGCCACAAUGGUGACUGAUGUGGGUACUGUCGAGACCGGUUAUAACAAAAUCGUCGGAAAUCGCUUCGCUAUAUUUGCUUCUUCGUUAUAUUGAAACUCUUACAAAUAAGAUGAAAAAAAAUAUAUAUGCAUAACCGGGGCUGUCACAGGCACAUGUUUAUCGAGCCUGCAGAAAGCGGUCGAGGCUUCCCUGCUCAUUUCCUCCGCCAGAUCGGAUCCGCUUCUCGCCAACCGCGAGAAGCUCUGAUAGAAAAAAAAAAAAAAAAUCCUGCUACGUACGGACCGUGUCGACAGCUGCGACGGCCCUACGGAGGACGCCGGCGGUGGACGGCAUUCUUUACGUUAAUUAACGUAAAGAAUGCCUAUGCGCACUCCGUCGAGGAUAGCACGCUUUUGAUUCAAGUAGAUUGCCUUCGUCUUCCCCGUCGAGGUGCCGGCGGUGCCGGAACUCUCCAUCGUUGAGUGGCGAUGAUUCGCCGAAUCGGUGCUUGAGCGAAGUAGACUUUUGCGCAAGAGCCACGGACCAGACGCCAGCACGGAUCACAAAGUAAAGGCAGUAAAGGGAAGCGUGCACGGCACCGAGUUCACACUCAAGCUUGUAUGUCGUAGGUAUAGAGAGCUUAGAUUUAAGAGAUGUGGCAACUGCUUGACCGGAGUCACGUGGUUUGUGGGCCACAUUUGCAAGACGAGCUGCAGCAUGGAAGGAGUCAAAACUCAAAAGCGUUCGCCUUCUGCAAACGUGUCUGCCUCUUCGCCCAGUUUCCUCGCCACACUGGCCACGCGACAAUCGGAUGCAGGCAUACUUACUGCUCCCUCUCUUAAAUCUAGGCUCUCUCCGUCAUCUCUACCGGUACGGGGUCUUUACCGGUAAGUUGUCGGUAGUGCUCCGGACACCCCUAUCGGCAUGCCACAACGGCUUCUCCGCAUGCGAUGCAGUAAAGCCGCUUCCCAGAUAAGGAGCGGGGAGCAGACGACGUUGCAGAGACUGCCGCCGGCGGCCUUUCCAGCAUCUGCAGCCUGUUCGGGGUGGCUUCUUGGCCGCGGCAGCAAAGUUCAGCGGUCCGAGACUUAAUACAUUUUCCGAAUUUUAUUAUUUUUUUAAAUCGCAGGGGCCGCUCAAUUUUCUUCGCUAAAAAUGGACACAAAUGCAUCGGAAAAGUGCAAACGGGAAUAGGAAACCGUGAUCACUUUGCUACAAGCCACUAUUUCGUUAUAACCGAAUUCGUUAUAGCUGGUCUCGACAGUUUUUCAUAUUAUACAGUCCACUAUAGCCAUCCAGAUUAAAAGAUGGCACAUUCCAAAGAUGGAACCACCUGUAGUGUUAGCCAUACGAGAUGAGAAACAAUUGGUAAACAUGAGCAAACAUAUGGAACAAGUCAUCCAUGUAGCCUUUGGCAUAUUGAAUAGUUUCAUGGAAGCAAAUCAUGUGGCUUGAAAUAAAAUAGGAGAAUGCUUAUAACUGAUGCCUUGAAUUUCCAAAUGCUCCAGGGGGCAAGCUGGAUGUGGUUAUUUAUAUUAUGGAAAUAUGUUUGUGUUGUAUUGGUACUGGCAAUAAUUGAAAUAUUGCAGUUUGUUUAGUAUUCACUAGUUAUGUUAACCAUUUGAUACUUUAUGAUAUAUAAUACACAUUUGCACAGUGAGAAUGCAACUGACAUUAUGUGAC